AUUUUCCAUUGUUUUUGUUUAUAAAUUACGUAGAGUUUUACGUUGAUAAAUAAACAAUAAAUUUGUUGUUAAAAUUUUUGAGCACAGUAGAAAAGGAAAAAAAUGGUAUAAUAUCUUAAUACGAGAGGUCAUCUCUCAAACCAUGGCACACAUGACCAACUCCGAUAUGAACAACAGCUGGUGAACCAGUUGGGUACAAUAUGAGUUUUGAUGCCGAUUGUGAUGAGUUUAUUCAAAACAAACUAUUUCGCACCAGGGGGAAAUGUGCAAUAUAUGCGUGUCAAUCGGAUAUUUACGUUGCGGUGAAGCAAAAGCCCACUUUCCGAGCCACUGCAUCCACUAUGGACAUGGCAGAGAGCAACAACAACAAUGUGGUGAACAUGCGACAUGACAUCUGGUUUCACAUAUCCAUGCACAUUGAACCGGAGGACGUCCAGACAUUUGCCUUGAUAUGUAAACAAACCGCCAGGCUAGUGGCUUCACGAGCCUUCUGGCGUAAUCUUUACCGGCGCUACUGCACCGGAGCUACCUCCGGUUGGAAUCUGGAUCUGCCCGCCCACCUGCAACUGGAGCAGAUACGAAACUGUGAUAUCCAGGCCAUAAGAUCCCUCGUCAUUGAGGCGCUCUUCCACUGCCACCGUCCGCUGAAGACUCGCUUGGAGCUGGGCUAUAACCUGGACUGGUUGGUGCAGCGGAUAUUUUUGUCCUGCUGGCAGACACAGUACCAGUGCCUCUGGAUCAUGUGCUACAAGUUCUGCAACCGACAGCCGGUCGUCCAGAACGAAUUGGAGAUGGACUCCGGAGAAGUAGUUAAUGAUUGGGAAUCCCUGGCGGAGGAUGAUAAGGGAAAUUUAAUUCCUACCUUAAGAAAUCCUAAUGAAGGGGUAGUUCUACUGAUUGUACUUUGCCGCCACUUUGUGCCCACUCCAAAUCAGUUAGCCUACAGCCACCAGGAGGCACGUUACCGUCUGCGGGCCACCCGGGAACUUCUCUGCACCGACAUGCGAGCUAAGAACCUGGAGUUGGAUUUCGCUGAAGAUGGCUGUCAAAACGUAUCUGUAACCGUAAAAUACGCUCGCAUCGAAAAAUACAAAGUUUUGCCAUGGUGGCAUCCGGACUUUCAGAGAUUCGUAAAAUAAACCUAGUUAGUUGAUUUCUA